CAAGUAUUUUCUUUAAAUAUACUUUUUGUUUGAAAGUAAUGUGUUCAAAAUUAGGAAGUUUGCAGCGAAAUUUUAAAACCAUAAAAUCUUUGAAAAGUUAUUCAUUUACAAACAAAUUAAAAUUGUGAAUGUAUAGGGAAUAUCUAUUCAGACCUUUACAUAAGAAAUAUAAAAAUUAUACCCCUAACAAAAUAUCAAGUAGGAAUAAUAUCAAUUACUACAACCUUUUAAACUCGAUUUUAUUUCGAUUAUAUCAGGGUAAACGUUUAAUAAGUUCUAUAUUUUGCUAACUACUUUAAUUGUGGAAUAUUAAAAUACCACACGAUUUGCCAUGCAAUAAUUUAUUUGCAGCAAAUAAUAUGUUAAUAUAUAUAUUUAUAUAUGCAAUUGAAUUUUAACUUUCAAACACUUUAUAUUAGCCAGUUUAAUGGUAAAAUGUUGGACCUAUAUUUUGUUUAGUAUUGAUCUUGCGCUCUUUUAAUCGUGUUAUUUUGUGUUUGAUAUACCUUGUCUUUUUUCUGCGUCUUUGUUUAACUAUAUAGAAUCAGAUGAGACGUGAGUAAGAUAUACGAAUGUUAAUAAGAGUUGUUUAAAAUUCCUUAAAAAAAUUGGAAAUGACUCGAAGGGAUGCUUUUAAUUUCUGUUGUGUUUUGUUAUGUUUAAUGGUUGCAGCAACUUUAUGGACAGGCCUGUGGAAUAAGAAUUACAAUAUUGACUGGAAGAAAAUGUACAUGGAAACAGGGUCAAAUAGCAAUGUCAGACAGGACAAAAACAUGCUGAUAAGUCAGAGAAAUGAUCUUGCAAAAUUGCUGAACAAGAAACAGCAAAUUAUCGGGCGAAUGAAAUGCAAGGAGUUAAACAGAACAAAAGUUGCGAAGGAGGAGACGACUGAUGCAGGCGGAUGGUGCCCCAUAGCCUCCAAAACGCAACAUUCAGGGUUUGACAAAAGUCUUGCUGCAGGAUUAGCCGAAUUCUUUCAAGGGAAAAACAUUGCAAGUUUUGGAGACGGACCAGGAAGAUUUAAAAGCGCAAUACUUGAAACAGGAUUAGUAAAAACAUAUGAUGCAUAUGAUGGGGCCCCUUUUUGUGAGAUAACAAGCAAUGGUCUCGUGCAAUUUCUUGACCUUUCGUUACCACAGUUUGGCUUACCCGUCUACGAUUGGAUAUUAUGUCUAGAAGUAGCCGAACACAUCCCUAAAGGUUAUGAGGAGGUUUUGAUAAGCAACAUAGUUCGACAUGCACGUGAAGGUGUCAUUUUGAGCUGGGCAAGGCCUGGACAAAAAGGUUAUUCUCAUAUCAACAACCAGUCUCCAGAAUACGUUAUUUCUUGCAUGGGAAGACUUGGAUUUGAACUUCAUACAAAAUUUACUGACCAAAUAAGAAGUAGAACUACACACAAAAAUCUUCAACGCAAUAUAAAUGUAUUUUUAGAAAAGAAACACAGUCAGUAGAUGACUUAUCAUAUAAUGCUUGAUUGAGAUGUUAUAAUAAAAAAGUCAAAUAUUUAAACAGGAUUAAAAGUCAACUGUAUUCUUAAGGAAACAGUUACCACACACAAACACUUUUAUAAAAUGAUAACAUUUGAAAUAAGUCUUAAAGUAACGUUGAAAUGAAUGAUUGCAGGGGUUUGUGCAACAAUAUUGAUAAUAAUAAUUUCACUUGCACUUCCAAUUUUAGUAUAACGUUUAUCAAAAUUCAUUAAUGUUUACAAAUGCUCUUAAAAUGUUAAUAAACGUUUAUUAACCAA